AUGGAUAUUUCAAUAUCCUUACGUCUUAUCAAGCCCUCACAAGCUUUUUAUUUGGUGGCAAAAUUAAGCAAGAUGCCUUCCAGAACUGCCCAGAUUCGCUUUGUAAGUUCACAUCCUGAAGUUUAUGAACCAUGUGAUGAUUCAUUUGCCUUGGUUGAUGCACUGCUAGCUGAUCGAACCAACUUGUUAGAACACCGUCCUACACUAAGCAUGGAAUUGGAGGCUAAUGGAGCCUACUAUAUUGCCACAGACAUCAACCCUCAUGCAGUGAAAGUGACGCGCGAGACUCUGGACGUGCAUGGGGUUGAUGCACCGUUGAUAACUACUGACAUUGCCUCGGGACUAGCGAGGCGAUUGGCAGGAUUGGUGGAUGUGAUCAUCGUGAACCCACCUUAUGUGCCAACACCUGCAGAGGAAGUAGGUCGUGGUGGGAUUGCCACUGCUUGGGCUGGAGGGGAGAAUGGCCGGAGUGUUAUUGAUAAGAUAUUGCCUAUUGCUGACAUUCUUUUGUCAGACAAGGGAUGGUUGUCUAUGGUUACGCUUACAGCAAAUAAUUCCUCAGACAUAUGCCGUCAAAUGGACAAAAGGGAUAUUGUGCGUGCAAGAUCUGACAAAAUAUAA